AGCGAAGCUGGCCAGAGUUGGGCUGGCAUGAAGCCUUUGAUGGCGAAAGCCUCAGGAGCUGUCGCCAGCUCCCAGAAGGAGCAGCCGCAGCAGCAGCCGCCCGCCAUCUCCACGCACGGAUCGCAUCCCACCACGUUUCCACCCUUUUUCAGCACCACGAUGGCCGCCAGCGCCCAGCCCAACGGUCCCAACCCCCACGGACCUACCAGCAUCACGGCCGCGCUCCGCAUGCCCAUGGGCGUGCCCAUCCCUCCCAACACCGGACAGGUGGCUCGGUACGGCUCCGGCGCCCCGUAUCCGGUCUACGCACCCAUCGGCGGCCCCUACCCGCCGCCCUACAUGGCCAUGGCAGGGGUGGCAGCCGCCCCGCACCGGCCACCAGCACCCCACACGGGAUCUCUGAGUUUGUCGGCUGUGCAAGGCGCUGGGCAGGGCCAGGGGACGGCCAAGGGGGGCGCAUCUGCGGUGGUGACGGGUAGUACGACGGGCGCUGGCCAUGGUGCAGGUGCUGCAUUGGGUAAGGGGUUUGUGGCGCCGGCUGCUAGCGGUGUGGCGAGGGAGGGCAAGAAGGGCGGCUCUGUAGGUGCGGGUGUUGGGUCCGCUGCAGCAGCUGCAGCUGUGGAGGUUGGUGUGAAGGCGGGCCCUUCGUCGUCGAUGGGUGUUGGUGCUGAUGCUGGUGUGGGUGUGAAGGGCGGUAGUCUUAAGGAUGACCAGCGUCUGGGUGCGGUGCAGCAGAUGCAGCACCAGAUCGGGCGGCUGCAGAGCAUGUUGAAGGAGCAGGAGAACUAUAGCCGACACGUAAGCUGAGGAGAGAGAGGAGGGAUGGGAUCCGUGAGGGAGGGAGGAUGGGACAACCCAUCACAUCAUGAUAUGUUUGUGGCGUGUGUGGGUGUUGUCUGUGUUGUGUGUGUGUGUGUUCAGUUGCAGGGCCAGAUAGCGCAGAUGCAGCAGACCCAGCUGGAGUCCAACCAGAGGGAGAUGCAACUCAAGUAUAGAGCUGACGCAACACCCCCACUCAUCCCACACCGCCACUUUUCCCGUUUUGAUUUCCCCCUCUCUCUCUCAGGGCUGCGUUGGCGGAGCAGAAGCGCAAGACCCAACAACUGCAGGCAAGGAAGGCACAACCAACACGCCACUCCACAUCAACACAACACACCGCUUCACCUCCUCCCCAUUCAUCCAUCCAUCCACUUACUUGUUGGAUGUGAUGUGUUGUGUUGCGCCUCCUGCCUGGGCAGGAGUCGUAUGCGGAGAUCCAGUGCCACAUGCAGGCGGCGCAGCACCACAUGGAGAUCGUCCCCAACCCGCCCCACGGCAUGGGUGGCGGCCCCCCACCCCCUGACAUCCGCGAGACCCGGGACCGUGAGACCGCCGAGCAGCAGCAGCAGGUGCCCCGUGUGCGGCGAUCCAGUGGGGUGGGGAGCGGCGUGGGUGUGGUGCACCAUCGUCGCCAGAGCAAGGGGCUGUUCCAGAACUCCACACUGGCGACGGACGCUAGACUGAGGUGAGGCGACUGACUGACUGAUGUGCAAGAGGUGCUGGUCAGUCAAUGGUCAUGACACGUUGCAUUCAAUGCAUGUGUGGCUGCACUGCAGGACUCGUGAGCGUCAGGGUUUGAUAGCUGAGGGGACACCCAAACACCCUUACAUAGCCGAGGCGGUGAGAGAGACAAGGGCAGCCAGGCAGGACAGGACAGGAGGGAUGGCCAGGCGACCGACCCACAACAUCUGCAUGUUCCUGCGGUUGUGUGUGUGCCAUUAGGACGACGAGAUCGACCAGAAGUUGGCCAGCUUGUACAACGGAUUCGGUCACACAGACAAACCACAACACACAAGAAAUACAACACACACACAUGGACGGGGCGGGCGCAGAGACAUACAGAGACAUGUGUGUUCUGUGUGUGUAUUUCUCACUCACAUGCCAAUGCACUGCAAUGCCAUGCAGCUGCUGAGGUGCCGUUCUACCGCAUCAACAAGGGCCUCUACAUCUACGGCACCAUGGAGGUCACGCUCGACGUCAAAAACAACAAACUCUUCGGUCGGUCGCUAGACACGCACACACAUCAUGACAUGAUGCCCAGCCAGCCCAUGCCCUCCCCCCUCCCUCCCUCCUCCUCAACAAAGAGAGAGCGUCACACGACGGCGCGCGCGCGCGCGCGCGUGUGUGUGUGUGCAGUCAAGAAGGAAGACUGGAACCACGGCAAGUUCGCUGACUUGGAGCGUUUCCUGUCGGUGUUCGAGCCCCAGGAGAGGACCAAAAUGCCACUCGCUGACAUGCCGCGACACACACCUGGUAGGCACAGGCAGAGGCAGGGGCGGGCAGGCAGGAAAAACCUAUGCAUGAGUGACAGAACAGACAGACCCCACACACAUCAAGAUGAGGGAGGACACACUUGGAAUGCAUGUGUGUUACGUGUGUGUGGACAAUCAGGCAUGCGGGGCGGCUACCAUCCCCGUGAGGAUGACGACGACGAGGGCGAGGGCGUCGAGCAGGUCAUCAACGCCUUCAGCCCCACCGGGCAGCAGUAGACAGACAGACAGACACCUAGAUGGAUGGAUGGCAUACCACACCACACCCAGGUUGAGAGAGAAAGAGAGACAGAGACACGAGGCGUAGCUACGAAGGAUAUCUGACUGACUACUUGCGGGGUGGCUGGGCGGCUGGCUGGCUGGCUGAGUGGGGGUAGCUUUGGCACAGCGCGCACGGCACGGUGGAAGAUCGAUGGGGAUGCAUUGCGUGACGUGUUUUAACCAUUGCGUGAGAGCGGCUGGCUGCGGUUGGGUGGCUGGGUGGGCGCGUGACUCGCUAGGUGUCCAUGUGUGCGCACAUGCAUGUGAGUGGCGGUUUUCGUGUCUGUGUGGCGCAUGUGAGUGUGCGUGGCUGACGAACGAACGGAUGACUUAAAGAUGGUCCUCACCUCACACACACCACACCACACCAAGUGUCACUCACAUAUAUGCAGCCCCACACAACACAAGAAAGCGAUGCACGGCCAU